UCCUCAGGUCAAGCGCUCAUCUGCCUGCCUCUCCUCUCAGUCUCUCAGCCCAUCUACAGAAAUUUUACAAGAAAUUGUCAAAAAAAUAUAUAUAUAUGAAAAGGGGGAAGUAAAUGUAUACGUAGUUCGUCUCUCUCCCAUAAAAGAGGAGGAAAAAAAAUCUCCAUGAGACCCCAUUCCCAUUCUCCUACUUUUCAAUCUUCUUUCUAAAAAUCCGAUUGGGGUUUUAGGGUUUCGUCAUGAAUUGCCCAUCGAUGAAUUCAUCUCCUUCUCCUUGUUCUUCUUCCUCCCCAUACUCCUCCACGUUUCGUCCUCCUCUACUAUUGCCACGAGCCAGACACAGUUCUCAGAGAUUGCUGCCUUAUUCAAGAUUACCAUUUGGGAUGUGUAUUACUUCAACUUCACCGGAAGGGUAUUCUCGGGGAUGGUUGGAGACUGAGCCCUUGGGCUCCAACUGCCUCCUUGGCAGGACUCUGUUGCCGUUGAGAGCAUUGGUGGCCUCUCCUUCAGACAUGUCUUCUCCGCCUCUAAUCAGUGAUGAGAAAAUAGGAGUUCUGUUAUUGAAUCUUGGAGGUCCAGAGACUCUGGAUGAUGUGCAACCGUUUUUGUUUAACCUCUUUGCUGAUCCGGACAUUAUACGGUUGCCACGGCUGUUUCGCUUUCUUCAGAAGCCUUUGGCACAAUUUAUAUCAGUUGCAAGGGCACCUAAAAGCAAGGAAGGGUAUGCAUCGAUUGGUGGUGGUUCUCCGCUUCGUCGCAUAACAGAUGCUCAGGCUGAAGAACUAAGGAAAUCCCUCUGGGCAAAGAAUGUCCCUGCAAAGGUGUAUGUUGGUAUGCGGUAUUGGCAUCCAUUCACUGAGGAAGCUAUUGAACAGAUAAAAAGAGAUGGAAUCACAAAACUUGUGGUUCUACCACUUUAUCCGCAGUUUUCAAUAUCAACUAGUGGGUCAAGUCUCCGACUCUUGGAGAGUAUAUUCAGGGAGGACGAGUACCUAGUGAACAUGCAGCAUACUGUUAUACCAUCAUGGUAUCAGCGAGAGGGAUACAUAAAGGCAAUGGCAAACUUGAUUCAGAAAGAGUUAGAAAAAUUUGAUUCCCCAAGUGAGGUCGUAAUAUUUUUCAGUGCACAUGGUGUGCCACUUGCAUAUGUUGAAGAAGCCGGCGAUCCUUACAAGGCAGAGAUGGAAGAAUGUGUUGAUUUAAUCAUGGAAGAACUAGAGAACAGAAAUAUUACUAAUUCAUACACACUUGCUUAUCAGAGCAGAGUUGGACCUGUGGAAUGGUUGAAACCAUAUACUGAUGAGACCAUCGCCGACCUUGGAAAGAAGGGCGUGAAAAGUCUUUUGGCUGUUCCCAUUAGCUUUGUUAGCGAACAUAUCGAAACUCUGGAGGAGAUAGAUGUGGAGUACAAAGAGCUUGCUUUGGAGUCUGGAAUCAAGAACUGGGGACGAGUUCCUGCAUUAGGAACAGAACCCGUGUUCAUUUCUGACUUGGCAGAUGCGGUUAUUGAGGGUCUUCCAUAUGUUGGAGCUAUGGCAGUCUCAAAUCUCGAAGCUCGACAGUCAUUGGUUCCGCUUGGGAGUGUGAAAGAACUGCUGGCGACUUAUGAUUCACAGAGGAGGGAACUGCCACCGCCGGUCACAAUGUGGGAAUGGGGAUGGACCAAAAGCGCGGAAACAUGGAACGGAAGAGCGGCAAUGUUAGCAGUGCUCGUGCUUUUGGUGCUUGAAGUCACCACUGGACAAGGGUUUCUUCAUCAGUGGGGUAUCUUGCCUUUGUCCCAGUGAGAUAUCAAACCAAAACCCGAUUCAAAGUCUUUUAACCGCGCUUUCCUAUAUCCGUUUCUUGCUUUCGUCUAUGAAAACAAAAAAUGUGUUAUAUGUAGACCGAGAAAAAACCGAAACGUUUCCGUCGUCUCUUUCAGUAUAGUACAGAUCGAGAACUUAAAUUCUAUGUAAUACCCAUUUUAGAUCGAGACUUGUUAUAGCAUUUGAGGCUGUUGCUUUUUAA